AUGAGCGUGCAAAGAAAUGUGGUAGAUAGAUACAUUGCACAAAUCGUUUGGACUGGCCAAGACAACGAAGAGUGCAAGACAGCAAAGUGCACAGCAGACCACCUGCUUUGGAUGUGUCAUUAUAAUGCUCUGUGUUGCGUUUGGAUUAACCAAGACGAUGACAACACUAUGGAUGUGGCAUCACAGAAUGCUCUGUGUCAUGUUUGGAUUGACCAAGACGAUGACAACAGAGACCUCAAUCUGCUUCGUUUUCUGUGGUCGAGGGCUCGUUCGGAUAUCCCCACGCUCCGUGAAGACGCUCCCCAAAACCGUUUACGAAACGGUCAAGGUCUCGUGGAGCUAGGACCUCAAUCUGCUUCGUUUUCUGUGGUCGAGGGCUCGUUCGGAUAUCCCCACGCUCCGAUCUCAAUCUGCUUCGUUUUCUGUGGUCGAGGGCUCGUUCGGAUAGCCCCACGCUCCGUGAAGACGCUCCCCAAAACCGUUUACGAAACGGACCUCAAUCUGCUUCGUUUUCUGUGGUCGAGGGCUCGUUCGGAUAUCCCCACGCUCCGUGAAGACGCUCCCCAAAACCAUUUACGAAACGGUCAAGGUCUCGUGGAGCUAGGAUCUCAAUCUGCUUCGUUUUCUGUGGUCGAGGGCUCGUUCGGAUACCCCCACGCGCCGUGA